GCUGGGAGCUGAGUGGUGGCUGGGCGGUUCUGGCCGUGUGUGGCUGCAUGAGGAGGAGGCGGGUCUGUGGGCGGUCUCCCUUCCAAACAAUUAUCACUCCGAUGCAGUUGAGCGGGCGGCUCUUCGCAUUUGGGAAGAGCCGCGGUUGUCCACGAACCCCGCCACCGCAGACAGCGGACAACAUCCCUCUCCAUCCAGGUGCCCUGCGCGCCCGCUCUCCUCGUCGACUGCAUGAGCUCUACACAACACACUCCCACCCGCUGGAGGUUCACACAUGAGCCGGCUGUCUGUACCCCACCCCCCGGCUUUUUUUUUGGGCUACUCUUUGUGUUUCCCCGUGGUCCAAGUUUUGCGCAGACGGCUCAAUUUGAUCCCAAGUGCGCAGAGAUUGUUUUUGUGUAUUUUGUAUUGGCGGCAUCUGCAAGCAGCAGCAUCAUCAGCAUCAUCAGCAGCAGCAUCAGCAGCAUCAUCAGCAGCGUGCGCCUCCACGUUAUGCGGUGCGCGGAUGGUGCGGGGAUCCUGGACGCGAGAUGAGACGGAAUUCUGAGUCCAACUCAUUCCUUCUGCUCGUGGUGGUCGCGCUCCAGGCCUGCAUGGUGGGCGCCUUCGUCGGCAACAUGACCGGGACUGCCGAGUCUACGGUGGAGAGCAGCGUCACCUCAUCCACCUCAUCGACCUCAUCAACCUCAUCUUCUACCACGCAACUUCCGGCAGCGCUGGCGUCGCAGGCACCGUCCAACGAGCUGCACCCGUCCGAGCGCCGUCAGUUCUGCGAGUGGCCCUGCCGCUGCCCCGCGCUGCCCCCGCGCUGCCCUCCGGGCGUGAGCCUGGUGACGGACGGCUGUGGCUGCUGCAAGACGUGCGCGCGUCAGGGCGGAGAGCGCUGCACCGAGGCAGACACGUGCGACUAUCACAGGGGCCUCUACUGUGACUACUCCGGGGACAGACCUAGGUACGAGAUAGGCGUUUGUGCAUACAUCAUCGGCGUCGGCUGCCGCCUCAAUGGCGAGCACUACCAGAACGGGCAGACGUUCCAGCAGAGCUGCCGCUACCGGUGCACGUGCGUGAACGGCGCCAUCGGCUGCGUGCCCGCGUGCACGCACGAGUCGCGCCCACCGCUUGUGUGGUGCCAGCGGCCGCGGCGCGUCGCCGUGCCGGGGAAGUGCUGCGAGCGCUGGGUUUGCGACGACAUCCGCGCCAAGAUCAGGAAGUCCGUGCCCAAGCACCUCGCUCUGGCAGGUAGGCACGUGUUCCGAGACGAACGCGAGGAAGACACCCUGUGGAGGAGCAACUGUCUGGUGCAGACAACAUCGUGGAGCCCGUGCUCUGAAAGCUGCGGCCUGGGAAUCUCGACGCGCAUCACCAACCACAACGCGGCCUGCAGCAUGAGCCGCGAGCGCCGCCUCUGCUAUGUGCGGCCCUGCGAGACCAACGGAACGCACAGCAUCAGGGAGGGACGCAGCUGCCAGAGGGAGUACCGCUCGCGACACCCCGUGCGCCUCGAGCUGUCCGGCUGCACGAGCAUCGUCAGCUACCUGUUCAAGUUCUGCGGGGGCUGCCGCGACGGGCGCUGCUGCGACCCAUACCGCACCGCCACCAUCAGCGCCGAGUUCUCCUGCCCCGACGGAACGCGAACCAAGUGGCAGCUCAUGUGGAUCAACUCAUGCCGAUGCCACAGGCUCUGCCGGAACCCUAACGACAUCUUUGCCGACUUGGGAAACCACGAUGGUUUCAACGGGAUUGAAAACUGAGCCGUUCAUGACCAGGAAUGUGAAAUUGCUUUUGACAACACUUUUACUGUUUUGACAACGGCACGCAUUUAUAGAAGAGGGGGGUGAUGGCGUAAAGCCUCAGUGUCUCCCUGAGGUUCACAUGUGUUCUUUGUUUAUUACGCUACAGACACUUCAGUAUUGAGAUUCGGAAACCAACAUGAUCACAGCUUUGGGAAUCAACAACUACAGUGAUGGGAGUGUACUUUCACCAGAGGGUAGUGUGUGACUGAAAAGCUUUGUGUUAAAGCUAGAUGAUAAUAUAAAUGCUAAGCAUGUGUAAACGGUUUUUUAUUUAGAUGUUUAUUAAACAACUGGUGCUUUAACAUAUUUUAUGUAGCGAAUGUUUGCACUUGCCUCUAUUUCCUUAUAGAAUCUGUGUGAAGAUUCAGGAAGAGAUGCACAUGAUUUAAACCGGAGAAGACACAAUCUAAUAAUUUGUUAUCCGUUUUUCUUCAAGUGCAAACCAUGUUAGUCUUCAAGGAAGAAUGUUAGUUAAAGGCAAAUUAAGAGAUAUAUUUUGCUUUGCAAAAAAAUUGUAAAUAUUUUUUCAAAAUAAUCUUACAUUGUAUUAUACAUGAUAGCUGCUUCAUUGUCAUUUCUAAAAUACAUUUUAAAAUGUCACAGCACCUCAUGGCUUUGGUUUAAUAAUUUAAAUCAUGUUUUUAUCAAAAAAUAAUAUAUACAAGCAUUUGUCCUAUUUCAUGCAUUUGUAUUGUCUAUCCUUUCUGUCUAUCUGUAGUUGUUUAUCACUGGUAAGGUGGUACAACAAGGUUUACUAUGGUACUUAUUUACCACCUUGAAAAUGAAUACGGAUACCGACUACACCCAGGAUGUAAGAGGACAACAAGGUUGACAAUUUGUCAAGAGUGGAGUUAUUACUCGACAGUUGCAAGUAAAACGAUUAGCAUCCAAGCCAAAUGUUAUACAUGUAAAAAACGUACAUUACGAUCUAACUUUUGAGCUUUGGACAAUGCCACUUCCACAUGAGCUCACUUGAUACAGCCCAGGUCAUGUGGCAAUGGUGAGGCGUGGGAUGUCCCCGGUCAACUGGCCCUUGUUGCGGUCCAGCUGGUUGUAUUCCUCAAUGACCGAGGCUAGCGAAGAAGCAGCUUCCGUGAAACAGCUCAGCUCCAUGCCCUCCACAUCCGUGUAGUGGUGCAGGUGUGCCUAGCGGAAACAAACGCAGCUCAUGUCAAUACAGCCACACUGCUGUGGGGACACGUGAGCAAGUCUGUGAGAAACAUAUAAAGAGACCACCUUACACACCUUCCCCACCACGCACGACCUGCUAAUCCACUCCGGCAUACCAAUUUAAACUGUUGGGUGGACAGAGGCAGUGGGAUUUAAGUAAAUUGCCCAUUAUAUUCUUGGUUCUUUUGGUAAAGUCACGUAGAAGGGAAAUAAUAAAAAUAUAAAACAAUAAAAUUCUCACAACUUUACCGAAAGAACCAAGAAUAUGAAUCCCUGCAGUCACGAAAGCUUUAAAUCAAAACUUAACUUGCCCAUUGUUUAAUUUUGCACAAUCGGAGAUUUAACCGGCCACUUCUGCAGUUCAAGUCCAAUGUGCUGACCAAUACAAGUGUCUACACAUUAGCAAAUGGUUUGUACCAGUGGUGAUGUCUGCUGAUAAAAUUCCUUCUUUACUGUUUAACAAAACACGUAAAUUGUACAUAUUCUCAAUGUAUCAAAUGUGGUAAAAACUGAGAUGCAAGCUGCUACGCAUACUGUCAGUGGUUGUGGAACUGUUAGUUACAUUUAAACAUUACAGAAAAUGCAUGAUGCAACGAGGAAUUGUGGGAUUCCAAUGGUCAACACGCCAUUGGUUUGGGCAUCAUUUGGUAAAACUACGCAGGUUUUUGUGGCUAUGCUAUACAGCUCUCGUGUAUUUCGUUCCUUGAAGCUCCAAAUACUUGGGCGAAAGGUCGGACACGUCGCAAAACAGCACUUGGUACGAGCCGAAAAGAGGGUGCUAUCAUUCGGCAACGUUACAAUUUCAUACGCAUGUUUGACACAUUUUUUUAAACGGCACUUCGCGAGGAACACGCGGACACUGCAUCAAGCCCCGGGGCAACAAUCACCUUGCGCCUGUAGAGACGUGCGAAGCGCUCCUGGAUAUCGGCGAAGGUAUGCUUGACGCAAGUGUUGUUGGCGAGCGCCAGCAGGGAGUGCGGGUAGCCAACAGGAGGAACCGAGCACAGUCCCGUCUUCCAGCCCUCCUCGUUCCAGUCGACAAAGUGCAGUGAUGGCUUCAACCUGCCAACAAGGACCGCUGGCCUUUGUUAUCAUUGUUUUAGUUUAGGCAAAAGCCACUGUGCGCAGUGUAAAUUUCUGUGGCUUCAUUGCAUGUACGUAUUAUUGACAUUGAGUGGUUUUCAAAAUGUAUUGCGGAAAAAAAUAAUGCAACAUUUUUACUUUAUUUUUUUACUCAAUUGUCAUCCUAGGCCUAAACCUAUAUUCACAUAUUAAGGCGCAUUCGACAAUAUGGGAAUAAUUAUAAGUGUAAUGUAUGGAUAUAGGUGAAAGUUGCAUAUGUCCGUAAAUGUCAAUGACAUGACAGUCAUGAACUUUUGAAUAUUUUAAGCAUGACUUAUCGAAAAGUUUCAAAUUAUUUAUUAACUUGAGUAUUUUUCAAACCCGUUUAUUUAUAAAACCUAUUAAAUAUUCAUUUAACUUUAUUGCUAACAAAAAUCCAAAUGAUUUAAAACAAUCAAAUCACUGCCGGGGAGAAUGUCCACCACCGAGAGGAAGUGAUUAAAUCGGCUCCUAGGCAGAUUAUUGAAUUGCAUGAUCAUGAGAGAAAUCACAGCUUGUGGAGGUCUUCAUCCAGCAGUGGACUGAUCGUGGCUGUUGCUGGCCAUGGUUAUUAAGCAAUGCAGGAACUUUCUAUUUUUUUACAACGCACACAAGCUAUACACACCAUUGCUAGUUAGCAGACCGUUCAAUACAUAGCGUGCCCACGUGGCAAACUUAUUCGUGAAACAUGCAGCCAGGCACGGAUG